AUGAUGCAAUGGCAGGUCAACAGGCAAUUCAGGAAGGAUCGAGAGGCUGCCAUGGCCAGAAUUCCCAAUCCCGAUGAGGUGGUCCAGCAACUAGACCUUCCCUAUGGUCCCCCACCAGGGUUGGCGUGGCCAUAUCAAGAGAAUCCUCUUGUUGCACAGAUAGCUGGGAUACCAGAACGGGGAGGAAUCCAGGCUGGACACGGGGAAGUGGCUUUUCCUAUCCAAGAACGUCUGGCCCCAAUACGGCCAGAAGGUCCUGCGCCAGGACAAGUUCCACAGAAUCAGCAAGAGCCUCAGCCUGCUCCGCAACAAGCGGCCCCACAAGAUCACCCUAUGGAAAUUCUGCCUGAACAGCCAGCAGUGGUACCCUACAGGCCCAGAAGGAUGGACCCCAAUCCAUUCCCUCCACCUGCAAGAGGAAGGAGAGGCAGAGGGGGAAAUUACCCUUAUGCUAAUAACGACAGGAACAGGCAGGGGGCAAACUGGAGGAACCACCCAGGCCUGGAGGAGCCGGAGGAGCACAGGGAAGAAGUUCUGCCUAGACCAUAUAGGGCAGAACCACGAUUCAAUCAUGCCCAGCCAGAACAGGGACAAAACCUCCCCCUGUUAAUGCUCUAA